AACCAGCCUUCGUCCACCGUUCGACCUCCCUGCGAUUUCUGGUUAUUCUCUUUCUCCCAUUCUCACCGCCGGCUGACCAGUCGGCCUGUCGCCGGAAAACGUUACCAGUGUCCCCUAUCUGGCCUUCGUAGCAAGAAAAAGAUGGGCAGUCAAACUCCAUCAAGCAGUGAUCGCUCAAGGACAUAUUGGACACCAACAAUGGAACGCUUUUUUAUUGAUCUUUUGUUAGAUCAUAUGCAUAGGGGUAAUAGAAGUGGUCAUACAUUUAACAAGCAAGCAUGGGCAGACAUGCUUACGGUGUUCAAUGCCCAAUUCAGAUCUCAAUAUGAUAAAGAUGCCUUGAAAAGUCGGUUCACAACUUUGUGGAAGCAAUUCAAUGAUAUAAAAAAUAUUCUUGAUCAGAGUGGUUUUUCUUGGGAUGAUACUCAACAAAUGGUAGUCGCUGAUGAUAAUGCCUGGGAUGCUUAUGUCAAGGCUCACCCAGAUGCACGAUCAUAUAGAAACAAAGUUCUGAUGAAUUUUAAUGAUUUGUACUUAAUAUAUGCUUAUACAACAGCUGAUGGAAGAUACAGCCGAUCGAGUCAUGAUAUAGACUUUGAUGAUGACUUCCAAGGAAUGAAUUUUGGUGAUGGGAUGGUUAUUGUUGCCAUUGCAAGUAAUGGGCAUUCAAAAACAGAUUGGACACCAUCCAUGGACCAAUAUUUUGUUGACCUUAUGCUGGGCCAGCUAGAGAAAGGCAAUAUGUCCAAUAAUACAUUUAAGAAGCAAGCAUGGACAGAUAUGGUAGCUUUAUUCAAUGCCAGAUUUUGUUCUCAAUAUAGCAAAAGGGAUUUAAGACAUCAACAUAAAAAACUGUUGAAGUAUUAUAAUGAUGUAAGAUCUCUACUUAAAGAAGAUGGUUUUUCUUGGGAUAUGAAACAACAAAUGAUAGCAGCCAAGGAUGAUACUUGGGAUAGUUAUACCAAGGCACACCCACAUGCGAGAGCAUAUAGAAAGAAGACUCUGCUAAAUUUUCAGAACUUGGACUUUAUAUAUGGAAGUGCAGUCUCUAAAGGAAUUCAUGGUUUUUCCCACCAAGAUAAAGACCUUGAAGAAGACAUAUCACAAAUCAAUGGUGAAGGCAUGGAGGUUCAAGUUCCAUCUUGUAGUGAGCAUGCAGUGGCAUAUUGGACACCAUCUAUGGACCAUUAUUUCAUUGACUUGUUACUAGACCAGGUGCUUAGAGGGAAUAGAAUUGGGCAUGCAUUCAUAACUCAGGCUUGGAUUGAAAUGGUCGCAUCGUUCAAUGCAAAAUUUGGAUCUCAUCAUGGCAAAGAUGUCUUGAAGAAUCGUUAUAAACAGUUGAAGAGGCAAUAUAAUGAUGUAAAGGUUCUUGUUGAACAGAGGGGGAUUUCGUGGGAUGAAACACAAGAAAUGGAAGAUCAUGUUUGGAAUUAUUCUACCAAGGUAUAUUCUGAUGCUGAAACAUACCAAAAUGAGAUACUGCCAAGCUAUGAUAAGUUAUGUGUUAUAUAUGGCCCUGAAAGUUCUGGCAAAAGAUACAGCCAAUUAGUUCGCAAUAAUUGUUCUGGGGAGAACACUCAGUGCCAUGCAAAGAAUAAUUGUUCAAAGACCAACUGGACUCCUUCAAUGGAUCGCUAUCUUAUAGACCUCAUGCUGGUGCAAGUGCAAUUGGGAAAUAAGAUUGAUCACAAUUUGAACAAUCAGGCAUGGUUACACAUGAUCACAUCAUUCAAUGAAAGGUUUGGAUCACAACAUGACAAAUAUAUUUUGAGGAGUCGCUUUGAGAGUUUCAGGAGGCUAUACCAUGCUAUGAAGAAUCUACUUGACCAUAGUGGCUUUUCCUGGGACGAAAUGCAGCAAAUGAUCACAGCGAAUGAUAAUCUUUGGGAUUCUUACAUCAUGGAAAACCCAGAUGCGAAAUCAUUCAGAACUGAAAAAAUGCCAAACUAUAAUGACUUGUGUUUGAUCUAUGGAAAUUUUUCUUCAAAUGGAAGAUGCAGGCAGUCAUAUCAAGAUAUGGCUUUCAAUAGCAGUGGGAGGGACAUCAAAGCUCCUAACAGUAAUGGUGGAUUGAUGACUGAUUGGACACCACCGAUGGACCGAUAUUUCAUUGAUAUAAUGCUAGAGGAGGUUCGCAGAGGGGCUAUAGUUAAUGGUAAAGUAAAUAAACAAGCAUGGGGCAACAUGGUUGCGAAGUUUAAUAAGCAAUUUGGGCCCCAGCAUGACAGUGGCGUUUUAAAAAUUCGUUUUAAUAACUUGAGGAAUUGUUUCAAUGAUAUGAAAAUUCUUCUCGACAAGAGUGGAUUUGUAUGGGAUGAAAUGCUGCAGAUGGUUACAGCCAAUGAUGAUGUCUGGGAUGCUUACAUUAAGGAGAACCAUGAUGCACAGGCAUACAGAAAUGUAACUCUACCAAGCUAUAAUGAUUUGUUCUUGAUAUAUGGAAAUGUAAUUAUGAGUGGAAGUGUUGAUCAUUCAAUCCAUUGUCGAGAUGCUGUCAACUAUGACAUGGGGGCAAACAUUGAAGAAGGAAAUUGUCAAUCUCCUACUGUUGAUACUUUUAGUGCUUGUGUUGACCCAAAAAUGGGGAUUGACAAUUGCUUCCCAGGAUUUGAGAUGGAUGGAAUAUUAAGAGAUGUACAAUCCCAGGCUGGGGACAGUGAAACAUCCAGAAAAAGGCAGCAAUCUGCAAAUCCACCAAUCUUGACGUAUUCCAGGAAAGCCCGGAAAAUAAGCAAAGAGGGAACACACCAUGUGCUUGGUGAGAUGGCCAAUGCAAUCUCAACUUUCUUCUGUGGUGAGGAGGACAAGAACGGCAGUUCGAUAGAGAGCAUUGUUGAUGCACUUCAGGCUAUUCCGGACAUGGAUGAUGAGCUCUUCUUGGAUGCUUGUAAACUCUUGGAAGAUGAGAACAAGGCCAAGACUUUUGUGUCAUUGGAUGUUGCACCACGAAAGAGAUGGUUACUGCAAAAUCUCCUAGCAAAGCAUCCUUAGAUUUUACAUUACUAGGUAGAUACUACUUGAAAAUUUUACUUCAUGUAAAUUAUGUAUUAUAUAAAUGUGAAGGCAGAUAUGUGAAUAGAAUAUCAUGGUCAAAAUAUAGUUAUCUCUGAAUUUUAGUAAAUGUUCGUAUCCAUUUUCAAAAA